UAAAAUCGCAAAGGAAAAAAGCUUAUACCGAAUACAUGGCAGCAUUACAACUGCAUACGCCAUUCAGCCAUAUUACCCAAGUUACUUCUCUGUUUUUAAUCAUCCUUAAAUACAACCGAGGCGCCAUUUAUUUUGAGAUUGAGAGUAAGGAAAGUUGGUUGAUUUUUCCCGACUGUUUAUUUAAUAACGAGGGUUUUCUUUUGGGUUGUGAAGAAUCUUUAACGAUUUUGCAGUGGCCUUUGGUGGAACAGAGGAAGAUGGCAGACGACGAAGCUCCUCCUGAAAUGAAAGAAGAAGUCUCUGAGCUUGCUCCAUUUGAUCCUACCAAGAAGAAAAAGAAGAAGAAGGUUGUGCUACAAGAUGCAACAGAUGAAGGAGCAGAGAAGGCGACUGAGAAAAUGGAAAGUCUUUCAGUUUCUGAUACAUUGACGGGACUGAAGAAAAAGAAAAAGAAACCUGUGGAAGGCAGUUUUCAAGAAGAGGAGAAUAUAGAGCCCAUAGAGGAUGCUAAUGGUAACCAUGAGGAUGAGGAUGAAGGAGGGGAAGAAACUUGUUUUCAAAUUCGAUAUCCGUGGGAGGGAAGUGAUCGUGAUUACAAAUAUGAAGAGCUUCUUGGAAGAGUAUUUAAUAUCUUGCGAGAGAACAAUCCAGAACUUGCUGGAGAUAGGCGUAGAACUGUCAUGAGGCCACCUCAGGUUCUCCGCGAGGGUACAAAAAAGACUGUGUUUGUGAAUUUCAUGGACCUGUGCAAAACGUAA